AUGUUUGAAAUUCAAAAACUCCGAGUUCUAUUGAUCGCGAACCGUGGAGAGAUUGCGGUGCGCAUAAUCAGGACCGCAAAGAAACUCGGCAUCAAGAGCAUCGCCAUCUAUUCGGAAGCUGAUGCUGCGUCGCAACACGUACGCGAUGCCGACGAGGCCGUUUUGCUGCCUGGGAGCAAUGCGACCGCGUAUACGGAUGAGGAAGUUGUUCUGCGGAUAGCUAAGGAAAAGGGGGUAGAUGCUAUCAUUCCCGGGUACGGUUUCCUUUCGGAGAACGCGCCCUUUGCGCGACGAGUGGGCGACGCGGGAAUAGUUUGGGCAGGGCCAUCUCCGGAGGCCAUUGAAGCCUUUGGCGUCAAACACACCGCCCGAGAUCUGGCCGAAAAAGCCAAUGUCCCCAUCGUGCCUGGAACGAAAGGCCUGGUCGAAAAUGAAGACAUGGCCGUGAAAGAAGCCGAGCGCAUCGGUUUCCCAGUCAUGUUGAAAGCGACUGGCGGUGGCGGUGGCAUGGGCCUCAUCACUUGCAACAAGGUUGAAGAAGUGCGUGAGGGGUUCCGAAUGGUCCAAUCAAGAGGAAAAACACUAUUCAAGAAUCCUGGGGUUUUCAUCGAAGCUUUUUACCCUGCCAGCCACCAUAUUGAGGUACAGGUGUUUGGUAAUGGUCAAGGUCAAGCAAUUCACUUCGGCGAACGCGAAUGCUCCAUCCAAAGACGACACCAGAAGGUCAUUGAGGAGUGUCCGAGUCCAUUUGUCGAACGGCACCCCGAGCUGCGAAAGAAAUUAGGAGACGCUGCAGUGCGUUUGGCUGAGUCGAUCAAAUAUGGUUCUGCAGGCACCAUCGAAUAUCUUGUAGACGACAAGUCCAGCGAUUUCUUCUUCCUGGAAAUGAACACGCGACUUCAAGUUGAGCACGGCAUCACGGAACUUUGCUACAACGUCGAUCUGGUAGAACUCAUGCUGAAGCAAGCAGAUGCACAGCUGGCAGGGAAACAUGGCCUCGACGGCAAGACCUUGAAAGACAUGCAGCCGUCAAGUCCAACAGGAUCCGCUAUCGAAGCUCGCGUUUACGCCGAGAAUCCGUUGAGGGACUACGCACCAUCUCCAGGACUUCUGCAGAAAGUUUCAUGGAAGGACGUUCCUGGAACGCGUAUUGAUACUUGGGUGUUCACAGGAGUUCGUAUUACUCCCAAUUAUGAUCCUCUAAUAGCGAAGGCGAUGGUCCACUCUCACUCCAGAGACAAGGCAAUCGCGUCGAUGACGGAGCUUCUUACCCAGUCGACCAUCAGCGGGCCACCUACUAAUCUCGAGUUCCUCGCCAGCAUAUUGGACGAUUCACGUUUCAAAGACGGUGAUACUAUGACCAGCUUUCUUAAGGACUUCAAGUUUACGCCUCAUGCUAUCGAUGUCAUCUCAGCUGGCGCCUAUACUUUGAUCCAAGAUCUCCCCGGUAGACCGACGGUCGGCAAAGGCGUACCUCAUUCUGGACCCAUGGAUCCAAUAGCAUUCCAAAUUGCCAACAUGCUCGUCGGAAAUUCGAGAUCAAAGGAAGCUCUAGAACUUACGUUGAGUGGUCCAGAAUUGAGGUUUGUCGGUCCUGCUAUCGUUGCUUUAUGCGGCGCUCCUAUGGAGACAACACUCGACGGUAAGGAGUUUCCCAUGUGGGAGAGCGUAAAGGUUGAAGCUGGCCAAAAGCUCAAGAUCGGAAAGACAACAGGUGGAGGUUGCCGCUCCUACCUAGCCGUCUACGGAGGCUUUCCGUCAGUCGCAGAAUACUUCGGCUCAAAGUCAACGUCACCGCUUGUAGCGAUUGGAGGCUACCAGGGCCGCGCACUUGCCCCAAGUGAUCUAUUACAGAUAACGGACAAGCUUCCAGACAACUUUACCAGUGUCUCGCUUCCCGAAAAGUUGCGACCUAUCUAUAAGUCAAGCUGGGAGAUAACGGCAAUGGUUGGACCCCACGAUGAAGGCUACUUCGACCCGGAAUUUAUCGAGCAGAUAUAUAACACUGAGUGGAAAGUAUCACACAACGCAUCGCGGAGUGGUAUUCGUCUAGUUGGGCCGGUACCAAAAUGGGCGCGGAAGGAUGGCGGUGAAGGUGGCGCACACCCCAGCAAUUUAGUAGAAUACGGAUAUCCACUGGGCACGUUGAACUGGACUGGAGACGACCCAUGCAUAUUUCCAGUAGACUGCCCAAACUUCGGUGGUUUCACUAGCAGUACAACCGUCGUCAAGGCAGACUGGUGGAAGUUGGGACAGCUCAAAGCAGGCAACACCGUGAAGUACGUCCGAGUUGGACUUGGUGAUGCGCUGAAGAAGAGAAAGAAGAACGAUAGCUUCCUGGAAUCCAUCGCCCAAGCUAUCCAGAGCGGCAGCGGAUUCGACAGCAUUGAGAAGUUGCAAGGCGCACACUGCAACUUCCACGAGGGUGACAUUGGCAAGGCCAUCGUAUGGGAGAAGGAGGAGAAUGAAAGUACCCCACAAGUCAGAUAUCGCCAAGGAGGCGAUGAUCAUAUUUUGAUCGAAUACGGCAACGAGAACUUCGAUCUCAACCACCGCUGUCGUGUUACCGCUUUGGAGAACGCAUUGCAUUCAGCAUCGACUCCCGACAUCAUCAAGUCCAAUCUUUACAACACCGUAGGAUGUUGUACUACGCUGCUUCUUCACUACAACGGCUCUAAACUCCCUCGUUCAGAUCUCGUCGCACAUCUCCAGUACAUCGAAUCAAAUCUCGGCGAUUUGAGAAGUACCAAAGUCCCUACACGCGUUUUUAAACUUCCCGUAUCAUUUGAGUCAAAACUUCAGGAAGAAGCAACGCAACGUUACAUGACCAAUCAACGACCUCACGCACCCUACCUACCUGAUAAUCUGGCUUUCGUCGCGAAGAACAAUGCAUUUACGCCUCAGCAACUCAAAGACAUAUAUCUCACAGGCCAAUUCAUGGCAGUCGUUGUUGGCUUCUUCUGCGGUAACACCGUCUCACUCCCCGUAGAUCCACGUCAGCGUCUCUCUGCCCCGAAGAUGAACCCAAGCCGCGUUUUUACACCAGAAGGCACCUUGGGUUGGGCAGGUAGUUGCAUGUCUAUUUAUCCUGUUGACUCUCCAGGCGGAUAUCAAAUGAUUGGUCGGACAGUGCCAUGCUGGGACUAUUACUCCUACAAACCUGGUUUUGAUCAAAAACCUUGGAUUUUCCGUGACUUCGAUCUUCUCACCUUUUACCAGGUUAGCGAACAGGAACUCGAUGAUAUAUUUGCCAAGUUCCGCGCGGGCAAGUAUGAAUGGAAGUACGAUGAGGUAGAGUUUGAUAUGGCGCAGCACAACCAGCUCCUAAAGAUGACAAGCGACGAAGUGAGAGAUAUCAGGAAGAAGCAAGCUGUUGCGCAAGAAGAGAUGACGAAAGCGGAGAACGAGAGUUUGGAACGCUGGAGGAAGGAGAAAGCAGAGAGUCAGGUUGAUGAGGGAACAGUGGAGAAGCUGCUCGAUGACCCGGCGAUCGUUGGUGUUGAGGCACCAGUCGAUGCUAAUGUGUGGAAAGUGGAGGUCAGUGAGGGUGAUGAGAUUGGAGAUGAGAGUAUCGUUAUUCUUGAAGCGAUGAAGCUGGAGAUUGCGGUCAAGACACCUGAUGCUGUGGCGAAGGCUGGCAAAUUGAAGGUCGAGAAGUUGUUGGUGAAACCGGGGGACACUGUGACAGCUGGAGGACAUCUGGCAUUGCUACGCAAGAGCUAG